GGCAGGUACGCUUGGGUUUACGGUAGGUAUUAAUCCCCGUCUACAGCCAGCCCGGUCCGGGGACUGUGAUGCAUGAUUCAUUUUGUAACCACUCUUCUUGCCUACUCCUCGAGUGGGAUAAAAGACCAAGCAAAAGAUAAACAACAAUAAUUGAAAGAAGACUCAAGACGGAGGAUCGGAAUUUGGAAAAAGGCGCGCGAGCUAUCUUUGGGCUUUGAUCAUAUCACCUCUACUCACUACCUUCGCGCCUGAUACUGAUCGAGGUGGGGGAGAAAACACGCUGUGCUGCUCAUUCUUUGAACCACAAGGGCGUUUCUCAUGGUCGGACUUGUGCUUUGAGCGACGCUGCCCUCCGUUGGAAACACAGGAAGCACUUGUUGAACAAACAAAAAUCGACCGACCAACUGUUGCUUGCAAGGCGAACGAAAUUCGACGGCUUCUACGGGUUUCAAGAGCGACUGGCGGGAUUCGCAAGCCUCCACCCCGCAGGUCUCCUGUCUUGUCUACCUAGGUACCUACCUUGGUCUAGUGGGUAGGUGGUAGUCAAGUACGAGUCUCGAAACGUUGGGGAUUUGGGUCAUAUCUUUCUUUCUCUCUCUUUUUCUUUUUUCUUUCGUGGAAGGAAAUUCGAGGUUUUGCAACCUCGUCUUCAUUCAACAAGAACAACCACGGGCCAAUCACUUCAGCCGUCCUGAAGUCAUAUCUCCAGCGCAGACGCCAACGCAACAUCCAUCGCAUCCACUUCUAUCGACACCAUGACGUCCGUGGCAUCUUCAGGCACAUCGCCGAGGUCUGGCUAUGACCAUCUGCAUGGCGAGUUUCUCGCCGAUGAUGAGUCGUGGGCCUUUAUUGAUCAGACCGCCGCCUCGAACGCCGGCUCCGUGGGCUUCUUUCCCAGCCCCGAAUCGGGCAGCCUGCGGUCCUACGGCCUUGUUGCCCACCAGAGCCAGCUCCAACCGUCGCCGCCAGCGCCCUCGCCUCUGCAGCUGGACCAGGAACACAUCCACCACCAGCAGCAACAUCGGCAACAACACCAGCAACCACAGCUUGCAGGCCACGUCUUUUCCGGCGAUACCGGCAUCUUUGCAGAACAGCACAUGCCUCAAUCGUGUAGAGACGAUGGCGCCCCCAUGAUGGAUCCUAAUUCGUUCCCUGAGCAUCCCAAUCUUAUCGAGCAGAUGACGAUUGCUGAUCAGCUGCCGUUCCUGUCCAACAUCGAUACUCUGAACAGCCACCUUGGAACCCAGGGCAUUAUGGCGGGCAACUUUAUCCAGGCGCACUUUGAUGAUGGAACAAACGAUUUCGUAUUUGGUGACCAUGAACCGAUACACUUUGAUUCGUAUGGGAACCCCUUUCUCGGACUCGGUUCAUCUCGGGCUGUGCCGGGGACAGGAGUCCAGUCGCCCGCGAGCCUGGGCCAGCAUACAUCACCUCACCAGUCGUCCUUGGGCAUACCACCCACCAUGCAGUCCGACGCCAACGCCGCGCCGUGGGAUCCGUCGGCAGCUAUGCUGCCCAAGCAGGACCAGGGUCAGGGCUUGUCUCUUGAGGACUUCAUGUCCUCGUCUUCUCCCCGGGCUCCGACAACGCCACUGUCAUCGCAGAGCCCCGCCCAGUCGGCCAGCCCCAUGUCGCCAGAAGUCAAGCAGGAACCCGGCACGGCGAGAAGGAGUUCCGGGACGGCAACCACAGCGCCAAAGACGAUCAGGAAGGUCAAGGGUGGCGCGCGGGUGGAGAAGAAGAAAUCCCCAUCUGAGACCGCCGCUAGCGGCAGCCUGAGCAGCAGCGCCGGCACCACGGGGUCCGGCUCGUACAAGUUCAUCACCAUGACGUCCACAGCGGCUGCCGCGCAGGCCGGCAAGCCUCACAUCUUUGAGUGUUUCGAGCGCAUGACGCAGAGAGGCAGGAAAGGCCCGCUGCCAAACGAGACCAAGAAGAACGCGCAGAUUGUCCGUCGCGUCGGAGCGUGCUUCUGUUGCCAUGCGCGCAAAGUCAAGUGCGAUGCGGAACGGCCGUGCAAGAACUGCAAAAAAUUGGCAGUGCAGGUCCCCCAGAUUGUCUGCUGGCAGUUUGGUGACUUUUUGAAUAUCCUGUUUCCGGAGGUCAUCAGGGGCCACUUCCGAAAGGACCAGAUGGCUAAGUUCAUCGCGGAUAACGUAAAUGAAUUCAAGAUUGGCAGCUCGGACAGGCAAUGCACCGUCGAGCUUAGCUCGGGCACGCGGCUUGCGUCCACCCUCGUCAUCCCCGCCAAGGCCUUCAGCCCCAAGGAUCCCGACAUCCUCCAGCACUGGCGUCAGGAUAACGAGCCAGACGGCACAGUGCGGCUGUCUCACGGCGUCGCUGCGCCCAUCGGCCUCGACUUGGAAGGCUCGUCCGGGCCCGGCGCCCAGAGGGAAGAGCUCCGCAAGAUCGCCAAGGAGUACAUCCAGUCCAUCAUUCGGGAGCAGUGCUUCGCCGACGAGAUGACGGCGUCGAUUCGCUCUACCGACCUCCCCGGCAGGGUCCUGCGCAUCGUCCAGACGUACGCCCUCCGCAGCCAGUCCGACAUGGUCAAGAGGGCCCUGAGCAUCUACACCAUCAACUACGUCAUGACGCGGCACCUGACAUUCACUCCGCGCGGUGUCAACAAGCUGGUGCGCAUGGGUCUCGUCUCGCCGCACCACGCGGUUCAGACUCCGCGCCUGCUUGCGCGCCAGUUCAAGGCCGUCCUGGAUGAGAUCAACCUGCGCGAGAUGCAGCUCAUCUUUGAGUCGUUUUCAAAAUCACUCAAGCCAAAGGUCCGCAAGGAGUGGGCGCCGUGCCUGGCCGCAUUUCUGGUCCUGACCCUCUUCAUGGAGGAGGUCGAGGUCUCGCUCGACACCUUCGGCACGGCGCAGAAUGAGAUCAGCAGCCUCCGCGGCGAUCUGCACCCGAUUGACCGCAGGGAAAUUCUCGACAUCAACGCCGAGAUCGAAAACAUGCCCUUCAAGCAGUUCGCCUACCAGUUCCACCAGAUUUACCAGACGCACUCCAAUGACGCCUCGGCUCGGCCCUUCAACCCCCUCGUCGACGACAGCCUGCUCAACGAGCAGUUCAUGGACCAGCCCGCCAUCGACAUGGUCAGGAGCUUGAGGGAGCUGCUGUGGGAUAUGGACACUGAAGCCGAGUUGGACUUCCUUGCCGAGCUAGACUACGAUGCCUCCCACCCUUUUCCUUCUGAUCUGGCGUGCAGGUAUGCCGGGAGGCUGAUGGCAAGGUUUUUGCUAUCCUUUAACAACAUUCAGCGUCUGCUUGUCCAUUAGUUUUGCAUUUGGUAAAAACGAUCAGGUUAAAUUUGGAUCACGGGCCUUGUGUAAUUACUGCUUUUUCUUUCUUGUCUAUUUUGGCUAUUCGCACGUGAGUGGUAUGCUGGUUUCCAUUGUUUCCAUCUAUAGUAAAGCAGGGAGAUUAAUGAACCAUUUGUUUGGAUCAAGUAGCAAG